AUGAAUAAUAAUAAUAAUAAUAAUAAUGAUAAUGAUAAUAACAGCAGCAGUAAUAAUAAUCACAAAAAAAAAAAAAGCAAUGAGCUUAAAGUACUGGAUAUACCACCCGAUAUUCAGCAGAAAUUAAGCCAAUUAAGUUUAAACAAUGAUACACCAAUACCAAAGCAACAAACUAAUGUAGUCAAGUCACAGUCAAAGAAGAAGGGCAACGACUCUUUUUUCCCCACAAAAAAUAAAAACGAUAAAGAUAAUAAUACUAAAGACUAUUUAAAAACUACAACAUCAAAAUCGUUUGUGUCGUCAUCUUCAAUGGAUUCAUUGCAUUUAUUAUUAGAAAAACAAAGACAACAACAAUUAAACAAUCCUUUGCAUCAGCAACAUCUUUUUUAUCCGGUCAAAGAAACCAAUAAAGUUCUACUAGAAUAUGAUACGGUUAGGAAAAUAACAGUUUUAAACCACUACGAAAUAAUUAAAGAAUUGGGGAGUGGUCAACAUGGUAAAGUUAAACUAGGCAAAGAUUUAAUCACCAAAGAAUUAGUAGCUGUUAAAAUUUUGGAUAGAGUGAGCCCCAGAUCUAAAAAUAAACUAUUUUUGUCGUCAAAGAAUAAAAACAAUUUUAAAAAGAAAGAUGUUAAUAGUGAUCUCGACAGUAAUACCAAGAGAGAGAUUAUUAUCAUGAAAAAAUUACACCAUAAACAUAUAGUAAAAUUAUUUGAAGUUCUAGACGAUUCUGAAGCGAGGAAGAUCUACUUGAUAUUGGAAUAUUGUAGUAAAGGUGAAAUAAGAUGGUGUCCCGGUGACCAAUUAGAAAUAAAUGCUAAAGGACCCCCAUUAUUAUCUUGUGACCGUGCAAGACAAAUUUUUAGAGACUUGGUUUUGGGAUUAGAGUAUUUACACUCGAUGGGCGUUAUACACAGAGAUAUUAAACCAGCCAACUUACUAUUAAGUUCGGAUAACGUGGUGAAGAUAUCUGAUUUUGGUGUUUCCUUGGCCACAACUUCCUCUAACCAAGAAGAAUUAUGUAAAACCGCGGGUACCCCAUGUUUUUAUUCACCAGAAAUUUGUUUAGGAAUAGAAGGGGCUGUGGACAAAUUUGAAGGGGAUCCCAAGACUGUUAUAUCUUUCCCCCUAGAUAUUUGGGCGUUAGGAGUUACUUUAUAUUGUUUAUUAUUUGGACGGUUACCAUUUGUGUGCCAGCAUGAAUUAGGACUCUUUGACAAGAUAAUAAAUGAACAACUAAGUUUCCCAUCAGCUUCAACAAUGAAAGAGUGUGAUGAAUUGGAAUACUUCCAAGCACAGGACUUACUAAUUAAACUAUUGACGAAAAAUCCAUAUAAAAGGGUUUGUUUUAAAGAGAUUAAACAGCAUCCUUUCACUUUAAAAGGUUUAUCAGUUCAAGAACGUGAAAAUUUCCAAAAUGAUAAUAAUGCAUGUGACCCAAUCAUUAUUAGUGAUAACCAUAGCUUAAAAAAAUUUAAUGACUUUUCUUUACCUGUAUCAGAACUAGAAAUAAACGAGCAGAACCUUACAAUUGCUAAUGGCAGUCAUAAUACUAAUCAUGAUAACGUAGGUAGCAAAGUUGCAUUGCCUGUAAAUUCAUCCUUUGCCUCACUUGAUAGUUUUUAUAUUGAUAAUUAUGCCACAAGAACAAAUCCAAGUUUUAUUAACUUGGGAUAUUCAACUACGAGAAGACCUCCUAUAAGUAAGAAUAGUAGUAUGAGUAAUCCGUACGGUGCAAAUGAUAUUAAAAAGAGAAGGAGUGAGAAUAAGAAGAAAAAGAAAAAGGACAGAGACAUUAUUAACAUUUGCAACAGCAAUAAAGGUAGCAGUAGUAGUAGCAGUAAUUAUAAUAAAGCCAGUAUUUUAGAUGCGAGCGACUCACAAUCUUUUCAGUUCAAAUGUUUUCAAAAUCGAAAUACAAAUAGUAAUGAGGGCUCCAAUAAUACCCCAAGAACUACAAUAUUAAAUAAUGUACCUAGCAUCUCCAAUAUGGCCGCUACAAACAACAAUAACAGCACAAGAAAACCAUUUCAUGCGCUGGCUCAGCAAAGAUGGAACAUACCUUCCAGAACCAGUAAUGCCAUCACUCCUCCUGAUAAAAGCAACAGUAAUAGGGUCAUCGCAAAUGAUACGGCAUCCAAUACCUCUAUUCCUAUUACUGCCCCUAGAGACCACAAUUACAGUACUAAUCAUAAUAAUAGCGCAUUUUCAUGGAAUGAUAGGUAUGGAUCAUCAUCAGCAUCAACGUCGAGUACAAGGACUACAACUACGUUAACUACCACUACUACAAGCGCUGGAACGCACUCUUCGUCAUCGUCUUUGUCAUCGUCAUCAUCAUUGUCAUCGUCAUAUGUUUCAGAAUCAAAUGUAAACACAUCUUCCCUGGUUUCAUCAUCCGUUUUAAAUUCUUCAUCGUUUAAUUCACGAGAUAUUGGAAACAAUAACAACAGUAAUACUUAUACUACUUUGCAUAACAAUUUUGAAUAUAUUGGCAAUAAUAAUAAUAAUAAUAAUAAUAAUAAUAAUAAUAAUAAUAAUAAUAAUGAUAUCAAUUCACCCGAUUCUCCCCAAAACCGUUCCUUUUCAUAUGAUUCGGAAGAUGCAGAAUCUUUGCCCUUUGAGUUUGGAUUGGAUUCCACACACAAUAGCAAGUUAUCAAUUAGUAGACUUAUAACACCACAUGAACAACACUCGUGUGUUUCAUUUCAAACACUUCAAGGUAACGGUAACAACAGUGUUCCUAAUUUUCAAAUACCACAAGUUAUAUUUGAGAAUGAUCUUCAGGAUAUUCGUAGUAUGAGUAGUGAUGCAAAUAAUAUAGGAAAAGAUGAUGAUGAUGAUGAUUAUAGAGAGCAGGAUUUGGUCAUUCAAGUUGGUCGUCAAAGAAAGAAAAGUCUUGUAAAUCAGGAAGAUAUUGUGCCUCCGAAAAAUAUUUCCACUGAUAAAACAUCAGUAGUAAAAAUAGACAACAAAACUGUUAGAAAGCUGGGAAGUCCUGAAGCAUCUACCUUGAAAAAUAAUGAUGAUGGAUCAACUUUAUCAUCAAGUACUUUAUAUUUACAGCCGCAGCUUUCCAAACAACAGCAAUGCAGUAAUAACAUCUCUGCGGCAUUUGUUGCCAGUGACAAGCCUGACGAGGUAGAUAUACCACCUGAUAUAUUAAUGAAGUUGCCUGAAGCGUGCAAAUUGUCUAAUAAUAUUGUUGCCAACACAAGCGAAAAUAUCACAAGUAGUAGCAGCGAUACCACCACUAGUACUGGAAAUGGUAAAAUCAAUGUUAUUGAUAAAAGGGGACAGCCCACUUCUGUAACUAAUGAGAUAGAGGUUUUCUCAAUAGGUAAUCGAUACUAUCAUCAAGCGGUGCCGAAUAAAAUUGAUAAUGACAAUGUCACUAAAGAAAGUGGGCUUGGAAAUAAGAAUUUGAGUACUAUAGAUCUAUUAAGUUCGAUGUUAAAUGAACAAAGUAAAUAA